CAGGCAGCAGGCAGGCAGAUCGCUGCAGAGCUCGGUGCUGCCGCCGCCGUUGUCCCCGGUGCUCGGCUGUGGUCGAUGCCUGUCCCCGGAGCCGCCGCCCUCCCCGGAGGAUGAGGAUGUUCGGCGGCUGCUGCUCCCCCUGGACAUGGGGCAUCUGAGUGCGGAGACCGAGUGAUCAGCGGAGGAUCCUGCGGAGCCGCGUCCGUCUCCUCUCCGGGACUGCACCCCCGCCGCAGGCUCCUGCCCCCCGCACCGGCCAGCAUGGAGGCGGUGGACCGUGAGUGCGGGGCGCUGGGGGGGCUCUUCCAGGCCAUCAUCAAUGACAUGAAGAGUUCUUACCCUAUCUGGGAGGACUUCAGCUCUAAAGCCACAAAACUCCACUCGCAGCUCAGGACCACGGUGUUGGCGGCUGUCGCCUUCCUUGAUGCUUUUCAGAAAGUGGCAGACAUGGCGACCAAUACCCGAGGAGCCACGCGUGACAUCGGAUCUGCCCUCACCCGCAUGUGUAUGAGGCACCGCAGCAUUGAGAGCAAGCUCCGACACUUCACCAACGCCCUCCUGGAGAGCUUAAUAACUCCUCUGCAGGAGCGGAUCGAAGACUGGAAGAAGACGGCAAAUACACUGGACAAGGAGCACACACGUGAAUACAAGCGAGCACGCCACGAGAUUAAGAAGAAAUCCUCUGAUACAUUGAAGCUGCAGAAGAAAGCCCGUAAAGAAGUUCUAGGAAAGGGGGAUCUGCAGCCGCAGUUGGACCACGCGCUGCAAGACGUAAACGACAUGUACCUGCUGCUUGAGGAGACGGAGAAGAUGGCGGUGCGCAGGGCGCUGAUCGAGGAGCGCGGGCGCUUCUGCACCUUCGUCACACUGUUACAGCCGGUGGUGAAUGGAGAGAUCCACAUGCUCGGGGAGGUGACGCAUCUGCAGGCAAUAAUUGACGACCUGAUGCUGCUGAGCGACGAACCUCACAAACUGCCUGCAGCCAGUGAACAGGUAAUUAAGGAUCUGAAGGGAUCGGACUACUCCUGGUCCUAUCAGACGCCCCCAUCCUCGCCCAGCAGCUCAGGGUCCCGCAAGUCCAGUAUGUGUAGUACAAAGACUGCCCCCUCCUGGCAAGCUGCCUCGCACCCCCAGUCACCGGGUUCCGCGUGUCGCUAUCGCAGCCUCCCGCAGUGCACAGGAGGAGCCCAGCGGCUGGUGAGCACCUCCUCCCAGGACUCUGGAUGCAGUUCCCAUGAAGCCACUUACUCCAAGCCGCCAUCACCCAUGCCCUCAGACAUCACGAGCCAGAAGUCCUCCAGCUCUGCAUCUUCUGAGGCCUCGGAGACCUGCCAGUCUGUCAGCGAGUGCAGCUCCCCCACAUCAGAUUGGUCGCGGUCAAGUCCGUAUGAGACUCCGCCAGUGUGUUCAAUGCAGCGCAGAAAGGACCGCGUGGAACACCUGAGGGAAGCAGAGCUGGGCCCCAGCUACCCGGGCAUGGAGGACCCUUAUCGGCCCCGGAUGUCCCCCGCUGUCAUUGCUGCCAAGCACGGGGAGGAGGUCUCGCCCGCUGCCAGUGACCUGGCCAUGGUUCUGACCCGCGGUCUGAGUCUGGAGCACCAGAAGAGCAGCCGUGACUCCCUGCAGUAUUCUAGUGGCUACAGCACCCAAACUACCACCCCCUCCUGCUCCGAGGACACCAUCCCCUCACAAGGUUCUGACUACGACUGUUACUCGGUGAAUGGAGACGCAGACGGCGACGGCUCUGGGGACUUUGACCGCUCGUCCACGGUUCCCCGGAGCAGCAGCCUGGCACAGAACUACCGCCGGAUGCUUCAGACCAAGCGGCCAGCCUCCACAGCCGGUCUGCCCACUGCCAUGCCUCCCUCUGGAUCUGCACCUCCUCCCACGCAGUCAGGCUCGACGCCAGGUGUGGCCACCAUAAGGCGCACUCCUUCCACCAAACCCACCGUCAGACGCACUUUAUCUAACGCCGGACCCAUUCCAUGUCGCCCCCCUAUUGUGCCAGUAAGAACACCCACUGUGCCCGACUCUCCCAGUGGAGGACUGGGGGGGCGCUCUCGCGUUGGAAGUGAAGAGUGUGUUUUCUAUCUCGGAGCUGAUGAUGGAAGCCCCCUAGACUUUGCCAAGUCUUCCCCCAAGCGCCUCAGUCUCCCCAAUGCAGCCUGGGGGGGUGCGGGAGAGAUGUCUGUUUAUGGAGGGGCCCCCGCAGAUGAGGAAGACAUGGGAGGGGGUCUUCUGGCGGCCAAUCGGCACAGUCUGGUGGAGAAGAUCGGGGAGCUCGUCGCAGGAGCGCACGCUCUAGGGGACGGGCAGUUCCCUUUCCCUUCAGCUCCAGACAAGAGUCAGAUUCCUGCCCCGGCCGGUGGAGGGAGCGGGUCAGAACCACCAGCAGGGGAUAUGCUGGCAUCCAUACGUAGAGGAGUGCGCUUACGCCGAACCCUGACCAACGACCGGUCUGCACCCCGGAUCUUGUGAUCUUGAUUCAAGGGUUCAUAAGAUUGGUGCUUGGGGGAGGGGAGGGAAAUUUACUGUGACACAAGCAUACCCAGAGACCAGGGGGGUGCUUAACCCUUUCUAUGCAGGUCUGUCCGGGGCUAGAAGGGUUCUGUCUGGUGACUGACCGAAACAUUUUGACCGUUCCGGGCACGGGCGGACCAUUUCUGAUGAAGUGUCUGGUCUGCCACGGCAGCUGACGACUCCCCAUGUGCAGGAGUGGCUCAUCCACG